AUGCCAAAGCGAUUACAUAGUACAAGUGAUCGUGAUGAAGAUGCCGAUAGUAAUUUCGUAUCGAAUAAACGAUCCCGUCGAUUAGAGCGUGAAACGAAUGAAAUUUGUCAAGACUUAUAUGAUGCUCUACGAACGUACAAGAAUGAAGAUGGACGAAUUAUUUGUGAAAGUUUUAUUCGUUUACCAAGCAAACGAGCACAUUCAGAAUAUUAUACUGUUGUAAAACAACCAAUUGAUUUACUGCGAAUUCAACAAAAAAUUCGUACUGAUGAAUAUAGAAAUUUAUCCCAAUUUAGUGAAGAUAUACAAUUAUUAGUGUCUAAUUCAAAAUUGUAUUAUAAAAAAAAUUCGUUGGAAUGGCGAGAUGCCGUUGAUUUAUGGAAUUAUUAUAAUACAAAAAAAUCAGAACUAGCUGGUCUUGUUUCACAUGAUGUAGAACAUAGCAACGAUAGUAUAUAUAAAAAACGACAAUCAUCACGAAGGCAAUUGGACAGUAACAAUGUGGAAUACGAUAAUGAUACCGAAAGUAAAGCAAGUGACUCAACAACAAAUGAUGAUACAAGAACAUCAUUAUUAUCUGAACCAUCACCACCCUUUUCUCAACAAACUGGUACAACGUUACCAUCUAAAACAUCUGGACGAGGAAGACGAAAAAAAUUAGUAGAACCGGAAAAUUCUUUAGUCAAUGGUGACGUUAUGACAGUUAAAUCUGACGAUAGUAAUUCAACUGAACAAUCUCAACAACAAAGGAUUGAUCCAUAUUAUCUUGAAGAAUUUUUUACAGCUGUUUAUAAUGCAAGAGUAGAUGAACGACCAAUGUCUGAUAUAUUUUUAUUUGUACCAUCAAAAAAGUUAUAUCCUGAUUAUUACGAAGUAAUAAAAGAACCAAUUGAUUUAAAAAUGAUAGCAAAAAAAAUCCAGUCGAAUGAAUACAUUUCACUGGAAGAUAUGGAAAAUGAUCUUUUAAUGAUGGUGUCUAACGCAAAAAAAUAUAAUGAUCCAAAAUCUCAGAUAUACAAAGACGCAUGUGCACUCAGAAGAACGAUUACAACUGUUCGAAAUGAAUUAGAUAUGGCGAGAAAAAAUUCAAAGUCUUCGAAUGAUCGAUUAACACCACGUACACGUGAUCAACUAUUAUCAGCUGAAGUUCAUCAGCUCGAAUAUCCUCCUGAUGAAGAUGUCAUUAUAACUUACACUAACGAGGAUGUUGAUUCUGAAGGAAGUUCAUUGGGUGAUGAUGAAGAUUCAUUUCGUUUAUUGUAUAAUGCUGUUAAGAGUUAUAAACUUGGUGCACAAAGUUUAAUUGAUCCGUUUAUGAAAUUACCAAAUCGAAGAUUUUAUCCUGAUUAUUAUGAAGAAAUUAAACGACCAAUAGCUAUGUCAUUAAUUAAAAAUCAGAUCAAAAAAAAUCGUUAUAUUUGUCUCGCUGAUUUAGUCGAUGAUUUACAGUUGAUGUUUGCAAAUGCAAUGCAGUACAAUCAAGAAGGCUCAUUAAUUUAUAAUAGUGCAAAAAAAUUACUUGAUGUUGCUAUUUUAAAAGCACAUGAAUUAGGAUAUGACGAAAAUAAACGAUUAAAGGAUUAUCGAAAUAUUGUUGCAGAUAUAAAGGAAGAACCAUUGGAAUCAUCACCAACACAUUAUGGAGCACAACGAUAUUCUGAUAACAGUGGCACAGUGACCCGAACACCUUACAUCACUGGUCAACGUGGUCGUCCACCAAAAAAAGCUGAAAAUGAUAUUUCAUUGAUUACACCCUAUUUACAACUUCCAUCUACAUCAGAUUAUCCAGAUUACUAUGAAGUGAUACACACACCAAUUGAUAUGGGAAUAAUCAAAGAUAAAAUGGAAAAAGGAAUGUACAAACGUGAACAAGAUCUUGUUGAUGAUUUAUCGAGAAUGUUUAAUAAUGCAAAAAAAUAUAAUAUGGAUGAUUCACCGAUAUAUAUACAUGCUUGUGAAUUAGAACGUGUUUUAAAUGAACAGUAUCGAAUACUAAUGGCUAAGAAGGAGGUUGCUUUAUUGAAUUUUAAUGCUGCAACGCCACCAUCGUCUACAAACAAUCGUUCAAUUGGACAAGGAACAACAAAAAAAUGUCCAAGUUUUUCAAGUUUAAAAAACUUACAAGAUAAACUAAAUUGUUUAUUCAAUUCAAUUAAAACUUACACAUCUCAUCAAGGACGUAUAUUAUCUACAGAAUUUUUAAUAUUACCAUCGAAAGUAGAUUAUCCAGAUUACUAUGAAAUAAUUCAACGACCCAUCGAUAUGCAACGAAUUCAACAAAAAUUGUCUGCAGGACUUUAUUCAUCUUUGAACGACUUAAUCAAUGAUAUUCAGUUGAUGUUGGAUAAUGCAUGUCUUUACAAUGAGCCGGGUUCAACCAUAUAUAAGGAUUCAUUAUCUUUACAACGUGUGUUGAUAGAAAGAAAACGUGAAUUAACCAGUGCUGAUAACAGCAUUCCAGAUGUACAAUCACUUGUCGGCGAAUUAAUGCUUCGCUUGUUUAUUGCUACGUUCAACCAUGAGGACGAAGAAUGUCGAUGCUUUAGUGAUUCGUUUGCUGAUCUACCCGAACGAAGUGAGAACGAGCCAUUUGAGCUUCCUUAUACAUUUGACUUUAUAAAACGGAACCUUGAUCGAAAACGAUAUCGUCGUUUAGAUGUUUUUCAAGAUGAUAUGUUUAAAGUAUUCGAGCGUGCAAGAAAACUCAGUAGAACUGAUUCACAGGCAGAUUCGAUUGAAUUACAAAUGUAUUUCAUACGUACCAGAAAUGAAAUGUGUUAUCAUGGAAAAUUAUUAAAUUCGCCAGCAUUAUUCUAUAACGAAACGGAUUUAACUCAAGAUCUAGCGAAAGAAAGAAAUGAAAAAGGCUUAAAUAACAGUAUAAAUUCAGAUUUUGAUGAAAAAAAAGAGGAAAACACAAGACAAUCUGUGCCACCAUCGGCCGAACAGAGCUCAUCGCUUAAAGGACAAACGUUUUAUUUGGGUGACUUUGUCUAUAUUCAACCAAGAGAAGAAGUAUGCGAUCCACAUAUUGUUUGUAUUGAAUCAUUUUCACGAGAAAAUAACGAAGAUUAUUUGAAUGGCCUAUGGUUUUAUCGUCCAGAUGAAACUUAUCAUUUGCCAACAAAAAAAUUUUUAGAACAAGAAGUAUUUUUAACCAAUACUGUUGAAAGUGUUCCGGUAUCAAAAGUAAUCGGUCAUUGUUAUGUGUUGCAUGUCAAAGAUUAUUUUAAAUAUCGUCCAGAAAUUAUUGAUCAAACUACUACAACAAGUAUACAGAUUGACGAUGAUAAAGAUGUUUAUGUUUGUGAAUCACGUUAUAAUACAAAAACAAAAAUGUUUAAAAAAAUAAAAUGGUGGAAUGUGCCGGAUAAUAAUCGUGUUAAAUUAGUACAACGAGAUAAACCAUUGGAAGCUAGUCGAGAUGUUUCAAGAUAUGUUAAAAAUAAACAGCCAAAUUCACAAGAUGAACAACAAAAGCAAUCAGAUAUUUCUGAUUUGAAUGACUUGUUAUUUUUAUCAUCAACUGAAGUAAUUGAAAAACUAAAACAUACUCUACCAAUUAAUUAUUCAUCACCUCAAAAAAUAAAUGAUUGUUUAAUACAAGAACAAGAACAAUCAACAGUAAUGAAACAGUAUUAUGAACAAGUGGCAUUCUCAAAUAAAGAAUGUUAUAAACUAGGAGACUAUGUUUACAUAUCAAAUUGUACCAACGAAAUUAAUAACAAUGAUUCCGAAAAACGUCUCAUUUUGAGGAUUGAUAAAAUAUGGAAAGAAAAUGAAAAUCCAUUCUCGAUGUGUGGACCACUAUUUAUUCGUCCAAGUGAUAUCAUAAAUCGAGAACAAUUAAUCUUAACAACAAAACCUAAUUAUGAAAGAGAAGUUUUAAAACGUGAUAACAGCAAUACAAUUAUUACAGUGACAAAUAUCAUUGGCAAAUGUUCGGUAUUAUCGUUAAAACAUUAUUGUACAUCACGUAUAACAGAAAUAGUUGAAUCCGAUGUUUAUUUAUGUGAAUCGAAAUAUAUUAGUGAUGAUCAUAGUAUUAGAAAAUUAUCCAAAGGAUUAAAGAGACCUUCAUUGUCAGCAAAAGCGUGCAGAGAUGAAAUUUAUACAUUCAAGAAAGAACUCUUACUUCGACGAGAUUUAUCUGUUGCUCAAUUUAAAUCAUCUGAUGAUGUUUCACUUAUGGAUACAACCAGUGGAUUUUAUAAUCCAAUUACAGAUGAUAAUAGCACUGUCGAUGGAGAUGAAACAAAUAUAAGCCUUGAAACAACACCAUCAAAUCGAGGACGAAGAGGUGCAAGACGUUCAACACGUAAUCCAUGUGGAUAUUUAGUGUACGCUAGUGAAGCACGAAAACGUUUAAUUAAAGAUAAUUCAUCAAUACCAUUUGGAGAAAUGAGUCGAAUGAUUGGAGAACAGUGGCGUCGAUUAACAAUAGCUGAAAAAGAUAAAUAUGAAGAAAAAGCACGUGAACGAGCAAAAGAACAGGAAGCCGAAGAGCAGAAAAGACUUGGAUCGACGUAUCAACAAACAUCAUCCAUGAAUUCAAAUUAUCCAGUUCCAAAUGAUAAUCAUGGAGGAUAUACGAAUAAUGCGUAUGGAGUGGGUAAUAAUCCACGAAUGGUAAAUGGGUGUGGACCAAUAAUGAAUGGACAUUAUCAGUCUAAUCCAAAUAUGUCAGGUCUGCAAACUUCCAACAAACCAGCGCUGACAUGUCCACCAAAAACACAACGUCUAGUUCAUUCCGAAGCUUAUUUAAGAUAUAUUGAAAAUUUGAAACCAGACAGUCCUUAUAUUAGUGACUGGCCAAAACAAUUGAAAGCAUCGAUAAAUGGUUCUUCCUCAUCUUCGUCAUCAUCCUUUUCCUAUCCACAGAAUAGCAACAUAAACACGACGAAUAAUAACGGUAAUAGUAAUAAUAAUAAUGUUCGAUCGUUGCCGAGUCACUGGUUGGUAAAUGGAUCAGGAAUGUAUAAUAAUGUUGUCGAAGCUUUAUGGUCUAUGCGUGACAAUAUGUUUCAAGAUGUUAUUAGAAUAAGAGAUGUACUUUCGCAUGAAUGGUAG